AUGCUACCGGUAAAUCAUGAGAAAAAUCGUUAUGUUGAUAUAUAUUGCUUGGAUAGUAGUAGAGUGAUCUUACGUCGUCAUGGCAGUGAUUACAUUCAUGCUAAUUAUAUCCGACAUAGAGUUCUUCAAAAUGUUUUCAUCCUGACGCAAGGUCCUCUGCCGAACACUGUAGCUGAUUUCUGGCAAAUGGUUUGGCAAGAACGUUCUGGUCUCAUAUUUAUGCUUUGUAAAUUUGUUGAAGAUCAAAAAAUGAAAUGUGCUGAGUACCUACCAACCUUGCGAAGUCGCAUCGUCAUACAUGCAGGAAUUAGGAUUGAAUUACGGGAGCGAAAUAGAUCAAAAAGUGGUAAUGUUAUCAUGACGCAGCUAUUACUCAGUCGCGAAGAUGUGAAUCUUACCGUAAUGCAUUACCAAUGGAUAUCCUGGGCAGAUCAUCAGGUACCAUCAAAUGACUACAAAACACCUUUCUACUUGCUAAAAAAGUCCCGAGUGUCGCCCACUUGCACCGUAGUACACUGCAGUGCUGGAGUAGGUCGUAGUGGUACAUUGGUUGCUAUUGAACUAUGUUUAAUGCAGUUGGUAGCCGGUAAAGAACUUAUUGUACCAGAGAUGGUUGCGUUUAUACGUCGAAAACGUGCGCUUUCUGUACAAACUCGAGAACAAUACCUCUACAUCCACAGGCUAAUCCUUUUUGUUUCAAAUAAACUUUGUGUGAUACUUUCUGUUCAUUGCUAUCCUUGA